UCUCUUUGGUUGUUGAGGCAACAGCAGCAGCAGCAGCAUAAUAAUACCUUAUGAAAAUGUUGUCCAAUGAAAUGCUCCGAUCUGCAUCCAUCAUGUUCAAGUAUUCAACUGUCUACUAAUAAACGAUAUACACAUUUUUCGAUUCAUUAUACAUAUACCUCCAAUAAAUUAAUGGCUUCACCAAGUAGUAGUACAGCUCCUGUACAACGGACAUCAACGAAGAAGCGUUCGAAAGUAUCAAGAAGAGAGUUAGAAACUCUGAACGACAAUAAUAGUAAAAAAGCUCGAAGAGAUUUACCAAAAUGCUCCAUUUGCGAAUAUCGUAUUGAACCUCAGUAUUGGGCAGAACACUAUCAAUAUGAACUAAGUCGCUUGGCAGAAACGACUUCAGAAGUAUAUACUGAUCCAUUGAACAAAAAUAAGGGCAAGCGAGGAGCAGCUGUUCUUGCAAGAAAGCAUUUAGAAGGCAAAGGACGUACCAAAAAACCAUCAGCACACGAAGAAACGAUUGAUAGAAUUCGAAAAAAUAGAAGCAAAAGAGCAGAAAGGAUAAAUCAGAUACAACUCAAUGGUAGCAGCAGCAGUUCUUCCUCUUUUCAUGUGAAUUUUGAGUCAACAGACCGUGAUUCCGAAGUUGCUCUACAGAUGAUGCAAGAAGAAGAAGCGGCAGCAGCAGGUGGAGACGAGAUACAAACUUGCUUCAUAUGUAAUGAACGUCUUUAUGGCGAUUUGGAAGCCAUCAAUUUACAUAUCGACAACUGUCUUUCAAAUCAAAAUAACAAUGAUACCGAUGAACAAGAAGAGGAGGAAGAGGAUGUUGGUCUAGGAAAUCAUAGCAAAGAUUCAAGUACGGGUGAUAAUACGUUAGAAGAGCUUCGUUCAAACAAUGAUACUGGGGCAUGGGAAGAAUAUGAAUGGGCAGGACAUAGACGUGUGAGAGCAACGGCUUUGAUGGAAGGUGGUUACGGAGGUGCAGGAUUUGCAACUGCAAGUAAAGUCGAAGUAGAUGAUGACGAUGAGGAUUUGGAUGUCGAAGACGAUGAUGCAGCUCAGUAUGGUGAAAGCCAGUACACAGAAAGAGAUAUUUUAGUGAAUGAAAAUGAUGAAGAUGCAAACGCAUUGAGGGAAAUGGUAUCUGGAGGUAUUACUCGUAGUACAUCAGCAGAAAGUAAUGGCAGAAGAUUAGGAUUUGAAGAGACUGUAUCUGAUGCUGGUUGGGAAGCACAUUUGAAAAGCGAAGAUGCUUUGGCUUCUGACGACAACCACUCAUCUCUGCUGAUCGACUCGUUAAAAGCACGUAUUCGUGAACUCGAAAAAGCGUCUAAAUCCAAUAACUGCCUGAUCUGUCUUGAACCGUAUAAAACACCAUUAACAUCUAUUGUUUGUUGGCAUGUUCAUUGUGAAGAGUGUUGGUUACGAACGCUUGGGUCGAAGAAAUUGUGUCCUCAGUGUCAAAAGAUCACUACACCUGCUGAUUUAAGAAGAAUCUAUUUUUAACGGUCAAAUCUGGGGACAACGUUCAAAAGAUUUACUUAUUCUUUCUAUACACUUUGUAAAUAUAAUUUAUCAUUAUCUAUGUACAAAAUUUAGCAAACCGUAAUACUACUUUCUAUCUCAAGAUUCUAAUUGACAUAGCUGUUUCAGAUAUAAAAGCUACUCUACGAUAUUAGAUUGAAAUUAAACGCGUUUUUAUUUAACAUU